AUGUCAUUUGAGUCUGAAGUCGAACAAAAGGACAAGCUCAUUUCUAUCCUUGAAGCUGAGAACACCACUCUAAAGUUGUCACUCGAAGAAAAGGAAGAGAAAAUAAAUGAGCUUGAAAAAUGGAUGUCUAUUCUUAAAGAAAAUCAAGCUUGAUCUGACAAUGAAAAUAUAAUUUCUUCUGUAAAUAAGUCAAUGGCUACUAUUGAGAAACUCAGGCUAGAGAAAUUUUACCUUAAAAAGAUGCUAACCACUGAAAAAUAAGAGGUAUAAUGACUUAAAAUCUGCCUUCAUUGAGCUAAGGCAAGCUGCCAAGGAUAAAGAAAUUGAAUACAAAGAUCUUUCAAAACAGCAGCUGGUUGAGGAUAAAUUAUCUCUCCAGAACACUAUUAUGAAUCUUUCCACCGAGAUUGAGUCCCUGAGUGUGAAGAAUGAAGAGUUUUUGUCUAUCCUCACCACUAAGGACUUUUAUAAAGAGUAUCAGGAAUCUCAGGAGGAACUGAAGAACUUGCGGGAAGCCCAUACCAUCCUGAUUAACUUGAUCAAAGACCAAGAAAUAACCGUUCAGAAUAUGAUUAAUAUUAAGGAACUUAAUUUUGAGGAAAGUAAUGAUCUGUUAAAGGACACCUCAACUAUUCUGGGCUAUGAUGUAUCCCAUAUGAACAGGACUUUAACAAGCCAGAGAAGUCCUCUUUCAGAAAUCGAUAUGAACAAAGGUAGAGAAUCAAGCAUAUCUUCUCUAUUUAGCUGAAACGCUAUUGGAACCUUGCUGCACGGACAAAAGAUGAGAGAGGUCGAAAUGAACAUGAAGAACGAGUAAUUUUUAAAUAUUUAUUUCAA